AUGAGUCGUAAAAAGUGCGAUGACGAUAAAAAACAAAAAAGGAAAGCGGUGAGAACCACCAUUGAAUUAAAAAAGACAAUUAUUGCUAAGUUUGAAAGCGGUACACGUCUCAGCAGUUUAGCAAAAGAAUUUAAUAUGCCGAGAACUACUAUAGCUAGCAUACUAAAAAUAAAAGAAGCUAUUAAAUCAGUAGAAGUCGCAAAAGGUGUGACAAUUCUUGCUUCUAAAAGAUCGCCACUAUUUGACAGCAUGGAAAAGCUUUUGUUAGUAUGGAUAACUGAAAAACAGAUGGCUGGGGAAAAUGUUACAGAAGCUAUAAUAUGCCAAAAAGCCAAGAAUCUGUAUCAAGAUUUAAAGCAAAAUACAGCAACAAGCAGUGCUGACGAUGUUAUCGAUUUCAAGGCCAGUAGUGGCUGGUUUCGUAAUUUUAAAAUGCGAUCAGGCAUUCAUAGUGUAGUUAGACAUGGCGAGGUUGCAAGUUCAAAUGCAGAAGGAGCUAGACAGUUUGUGCUAAAUUUCAAAAACUUCGUAGACACUGAAAAAUAUGUCCCUCAACAAGUCUGCGGUUUUAACAAAACUAGUUUGUUCUGGGGAAAAAAGCCUAGACGGACCUACAUUACGGAAGAGGAAAAGUCAUUGCCAGACCAUAAACCA